UAUUAAUAGGAUAUGGAUUUACGUGCUAUGUACAUUUUUUGAACAUAGGAUGAAUGUAGUUUUGGUCAGUUUUUUAUAUUCGAAAUACAUUUAACGAAAUAUUGUAUGAACAUGGAAUUGAUACUUCUUACACAUAAGAAGUAGCAUGUCAUAUAUAUAUCUGAAUGAUAUUUUUUGCCACGCAAAUAAUAAUACAAAAGGUUCAUGUUUCAGUAUUCUAUUUUUAAAUUAAUAUAUCAACAUAUGGUGAGAUAAAAUAUUGAAACAUAAGCACCUACUUUUACAAAAAAUAAAGCACUUACCCAGGGAAUAUAAAUUUAAAGUAUUGGAGCAGGUAUGUGUAUUCAAAAUAAAGUAAUAAUAUAUUAUUAUUAUCGCACGAAAUAUUUAGCAUGUUUUGAUUUUUUUAAAUCAAGGUGUAUGUGACAAUGUAUAAAAUAAAUGUUAACUUUAGUAUUUCAAUGUUAUAUUACAAACCUUUUCUAACAUUUGUAGUAUUUAUAGAAUAAUAUUCCAUAUUUCAAAUGACAUUGCUAAACCAAUAUUGUAUAUAUGUAUAUUUAUAAAACAUUAAAUAUUGAGACUAUAUCUGGGAAAUAUUAUCAUAUGUACAUAAUCUAAUAUUGUACUUAAAAUAUCAUUCCAAUGUCGAAUAUAUAUGAGGAAUAUUUUCUAACAUCUUUUCUAUAUUCUAUGAAUAUUUUAUGCUGUCUAGGUAGGGUCCUGAUCAGGAUUCGAUUACGCCAUACUCAGGUUCCUAUCGGGUCGCGAUAAGGCACCAGAUUGGGACCCGAUUAGAGCCAUGUUAUCAUUUCUACUUGGGUUAUCUCUGGCAUGGAGCUAGGAGCGCACUGAUAGUGAUAGUCUACGAGAUCUUGGUUUCUAUGCAUUGCCUGCCAAAGAAGAACUGAGCCCAAUGUUUCCACACAAUUCUAGUUCACAUGAGAUUUCUACCGAAACAAAUGCCUUCGUACAAAAUUCCAAGAGGGAUGUAGUAGUAUUAGAGGGAAGCAGUCUGAGUGGGGUGGAGGAGGGGGAAGGACCAGAGCACGCUAGGUACUGUGAUAUCGAAUUCAUAAACAGCAGCAUGAUGGCAGCACCUACCAGCCACCCCGAAGCUACCGCCGCCAAUGACUUCUUAACCGUCCUGCCACGCCAACUGGGUGAGCUCCGCUCAGCCGGUGCAGGCGAGGCCCGCCAGUCAGUGGCGCCAGCAACCACAAGAAACUCAACAAAUCACCUUCUAACCUACGAUAAUAAUAAUAAUAAAGUAAAUAACCAUAACAAUGCAGAACAUAAUCAUCACAAGUACAGAAAGCAAAACACACCGGGCUCGCCCGGUGAGGACCCGGGCAGCUCCGCCGAUAACUCUAAGUCUACUCGUAAGCCGUUAAGUGAUAAUAAGGAUAGCUUUAGCGAGUUAAGCGUUAGGGUACUAAAGUUAAGCGUAAACGUAAGCGUGCGCGUUAAGGGGGGCGACGCGUGCCGCCCCGCUGGGGUACCUAGCCUAGUUAGGAUACCCAAGUCUGAUCGCCCCCAGCGGCCGUCGCGUGUCGCCGCCUCCCUCGACAAUUACUCCUUACUAGGGUCCCGCCCCCUCGGGGGCGACAACAAUAACUUUAAGGCUAAUCUUAGCGUACUAAGUAAUAAUAAUAAUAACUCAAAGUCUGUGAUAUUGCUCAGCUCAAACCGUUACGGUGAUUACUAUCUCCUCCUGAUCGGCGGCGACUCAGCUCGCUCGCAGGACCGAGUGGCCGGUGGCGCCGUCUCCGUUCUCGUGGCCAAAGGCGGGCCGAGGGCCGCGCGGUCGCCAGGCUUGGGACGCCACCUAGUCACCGGCCUCGCGCGGCCUCGGCGACGACUCGGUGCCCACGACGCUUACGCUUUCGCCGAGCCGCCGAGGCCAGGGCCCGGUGACUUCCUCAAAUUGCAUUUCGACGUUGUAUCGGUCCCCGCCUAUGCUCACAAAUUGAUCGCGGUUAGGCGUCCCGUCAGUUCUUCCAAUACGCUUAUCGUUUCCAAAAAGGGAAAUGUCGCCGGGCGCGCCCGGUCGUCGUCCACUCCUCCGGUAGGACGGGUCGCCGUGACGAAGCUGCAGCAACGCAUAUGUGUUCCAUUAACGAUAAAGCUUAAGGUUUACGGUUACGAGAUCGGUAAUAAUAACAAUAGGCGUAACUCUAAUAACGAUAACGGCGUUAGCGUUAGUUUCGGUAACGGUGAGGAAAUUAAUAUUAGAUACAAUAAUCGAGAUGUUAUCGAGGACAUUGUUAACGUCGCUGUGUGCUACAAGACUAGUUUAACGACGACUACUAACUUUAGGUUCUUAAUAGGGUCUCAUUGCGACGACGACGACGACGACGCCGAUCACGACGGGGGUGAUGACUUUGAUGACGAUGAUGAUGGUAUUAGCCGUACCGAAGCAACAAUAUUUACUGUUGGUGCUCUUUCAUUUCAGGAUAACGAUAAGUCUAACGAGCCUCUAAACGCUAGCUUUAAGAACGAUGAGUAUCAAGUGUCUACUAAGGUUGGUCUUAAAGAUUCUACGAUUAAGCACGUAUCUAAGUCUACGCCGAGCGAUAAGUCUAGCGAUAAGUCUGAUAUGUCUCGCGCCACCCGACUCCAAUACGAAGGCGACGAGCGAGUCCGGUCAGAGGUUAACAUUCCUACACUGACUACCUGCGAGCCUACGAUGACGCUUACACGCCAACCAGCCACCGUCACAUCCCAAAUUAACGCUGUACCUGUCUAUCGAGUCGAGCAGCCCAGCCCGGACCGCAGCCGGCCGGCGAGCGCUGCACGAGACUCGAUUAAGUUAUAUGCUACUAAACGACGACAACAACCGCUACUACUACUUAAAUGCGAUCGAUGCGGCCAACCGGGAGAGAAUUUCUUAAUGGCGCGCACGUGCAACCUUGCGACGCUUCGGGACGACCAGCCGUGGGUCGUCUUCGGGGGAAACGCGGCGACCACGCCGAACCAACUUGAGAGUAUUGUCUUUGAACCGUCAACGGCGACGACCACGAGACUAUGGAGAGUCCCUCUGGAAUUGGGUCUCUUCGGGGCAUACGCUCUUAACGAACGAGGACCGCCCGCCACCCGGACGAUCGCUUCGGCGAACUCGAACGAAGUGGAUGUAACCCGACUACGACUGGGACCGGCAAGAGAAUGCAAAAGUAUUUCGAGUAACCAAGUGUUGUGCACCUACGAUAAGUCCCGGAUCACUGCGAUAAGUAACGACGACACCUUUGCGAACGUAGAUGUAACCCAACGACCCGGAGAGAUCCUUUCGCUCGCCCGUAGGGGCGCGUUCAUCGCUCGUGUCCGCAACCUUGUACUUGCUCAGGACGCAAACUUGAGAGAUGCUUUAAGAAACACCUUAAGGAUGCUCUUCGGCACGACGCUUUCGAAGGAACAACAAUUCAUCCACGAGUAUAAGAAACGCUGGGGUAUCCCUACUUAUCUGGGGCUGGUGGGCGGUGGCGAGAGCACCCUGAACAACGGGGUCCCACCCAAUUGGGGAAAUGCCCAAGCCACGACACCCAACAACAACAACGCCGCCCAGUCUGGCUGGGGAACGACUCCUGGAAACCCACCGGGCAGUGCUGGCCCUCCCAACAAUUGGGCAACCAACAGCGUCAACAGACCCGUCACUGGAAACCCUAAUCAGAACCAGAAUCAGCUGCCGCCAGGUCCACAGAACAACCCAGGUAAUGUAAAUAAGGCGAACAACCCGAAUCAACCGCCGAAUUCGCAGUCCGGUCCGCCAACAUCUCAGUCGAACAACUCGACUCAAGGAAAUCAAAAUAGCGGCCAAUGGUCCCAAGGAAAGGGGAACACCGCUGGGGGACCAGGGCAAAAUCCUUCGGCCCAAAAUAACAACAACGGUGGGGUUCAACAGCAACCUUCUGGUUCCAACGCAAACAAUAAUCAACAGAACAAUCCUGUGCAAGGAUCCGUUAGUAGUGGUAACACCCCGGCUAGCAACAAUCCAUCAACCAAGCAACAGUUGGAACAACUAAACACUAUGCGAGAAGCAUUGUUUAGUCAGGAUGGCUGGGGAUGUCAACACGUGAACCAAGACACCAACUGGGACGUCCCAACAUCACCGGAGCCGAGCAUGACCAAAGAUGGCGUACCCAUGUGGAAGCCUCCCGUGAACAACGGCACGGAUCUCUGGGAGGCUAACUUGCGCAACGGUGGGCAACCACCCCCUCAGCAGCAAGCAAAAGCCCCCUGGGGACACACACCUUCGACCAACAUCGGUGGUACUUGGGGGGAGGAUGACGAGUCUGCUGAUUCGUCGAACAUGUGGACCAAUGCCCCCACUCCCAGCCAACCGAACACCGCUCCGUGGCCGGGAGCCGCCGGUAAUCAAGCCGGUAUGUGGGGAGGAGGAUCCAAUUGGGGUGACCCCCGGAUGGACCCUAGAGACCCCAGGGAUUUAAGAUCGGUAGACCCUAGGGAGAUGCGCGACCCCCGCGACCAUCGCAUGUCCCUAGAUCCUAGGGACCACAUGCGUGUUAUGGAUCCAAUGGGUCGAGAUCCAAGAAUGGCGGACAUGCGUGGCGAUCCGAGGGGAAUUUCUGGACGUCUAAAUGGGGCAAGUGCGGACGCCAUGUGGGGCCAGCCUCCGGGUCCUCCUCAUCAUCAGAUGGGCCAUCAGCAUCCCUCUGGGCCGCCUGCAAAGAUGCUCAAUCAGUCGAGCAUGAACCAGUGGGCCGCUCCUCCACCUAAAGACAUGAUGCCCGGUAAACCAUCAGGAUGGGAGGAACCUUCCCCACCUACUCAGAGAAGGAACGUACCUAACUAUGACGAUGGGACUAGUCUUUGGGCCAAUCCGGCAGCCAAUCCGCGGGCGAUUCCAAGCACAAAGGUCUCGCAUUGGAAAGAUCUACCAACGUCCAAUCUGGGUCGCGGUGGAAUGCAGUGUCCUCCUGGAAUGCCGCAAAAUCGAAUGCCAGGUCAGCCCGGAAUGAAACCGGACGUGGGUGGACCAAUGUGGAGUCAUCCCGGUGGUCCUGGUGGCCGCAAUGGCUCCUGGACGGAUGCUCCUCACGACACGGUCGGCUGGGACGAUCCGAAGACACCUGCAGCUUGGAACGAGCCGCAACUCAAUCCUGCUAGUUGGGGAGGACCGUCUGCACAUAAACCAAAACCGAUGGGUCCAACUGGAAGCUGGGUUGACGACGUAGAUCCUCCACCUAGCUGGGCUCAUCCCGCUAAGCCGGUACUCACGAAGGAAGUUAUCUGGAACAGUCGCGAGUUCAGAUACCUUUGCGAGCUGGGCUACAAAAAGGAGGAUGUGGAAGCGGCCUUGAGGAGUCGUGAAAUGAACAGAGACGAAGCUCAGGAACUCUUGAGUCAACUGCGUCCCCUGGAUCAUUGGCGUCGCCAUGAUGCUCAUGGCGGAUACGACCCAACAAAUCAGGCCUCAAGUGCACCAGCAUAUCCAAGAUUUAAUCACGUCGCCCAACAAAUGUCCUUCCCACCGGGCGCGGGAGUGCCCAGCGGGGCGGCCACUGGUGGCGUUAGUGGUUCCGUUGCCAGCGCCAGCCUCCUCAAGCUCCAGCAACAGCAACAACAGCAAGCCGCUGUGCAGCUGCAGCAGCAACAGCCCACUACCAAUGCGCCUCAACCUCCAUUUAACCAGGCAUCUCGCACGCCGCAAAAUCAACCCAGCACCCAGCAACUGCGAAUGUUGGUUCAGCAGAUCCAGCUGGCCGUUCAAGAGGGUUAUUUGAAUCACCAGAUCUUGAAUCAGCCGCUGGCGCCGCAAACCUUGAUCCUCCUGAACCAAUUGUUGCAACAAAUCAAGGUUCUCCAGCAGUUACAUCAGCAGCACUCCGUGCAAAGCUCGCUAAAGGGCAAUGGGCAGACAGUAUUGCAGAUUAGCGUCCAAAUAACGAAAACCAAGCAACAGAUAGCGAACUUGCAAAAUCAGAUCGCAGCUCAGCAGGCGACUUACAUGAAGCAACAACAGCAGCAACAGCAUCCGGCAGCUCCUUCGCAGGCGUCAGAGUAUUACAAGACUUCCGUUCACGAUCCGAUGUCCGCGUUGCAGAACAGCUUCAGCGAUCUCGCCGUUAACAAGGAACCACCCGUGAGUCAACAGCAGUCCAGAUUGAAUCAAUGGAAACUACCGUCCCUAGACAAAGAUAGCGACAUUGCGACAAACGAGUUCUCCCGAGCUCCUGGGACCACGAGCAAACCUCCAACAGCACCCGGAGGAUUGACUCAAUCACAUAGUAGUCCCAAUUUGAAUCCACUCUUGGGACAAGGAGACGGAACGUGGUCUUCCAGGCUUGGGGACAGCGGGUGGCCCGAUGCCGGCAACAGCGAUUCCACCGAUGGCAAGGAAUGGCAGCCAGGUGGCGCUGCCUUCACAGACCUGGUCCCAGAAUUCGAACCGGGCAAACCGUGGAAGGGUACACAGAUGAAAAGUAUCGAAGAUGAUCCCAGCAUCACUCCCGGCUCGGUAGUGCGGUCUCCUCUUUCUUUGGCUGCCAUCAAGGACCCGGAUGCCAUAUUCUCAUCCAGCAGCAAGACUUCGCCACCACCGCAGACCGCCAAUGUCGACACUUCUAUUCCAAGUCUCAGCAAUUCUACUUGGAGUUUCAAUCCACCAGCCACGACCCCUAGUGCCUUCACAAGCUCGAAGAACACUUGGGGGGAUUCGGCGCCUCCUCCAACUGCGGUGACGUCAGAACUUUGGGGUGCUCCUAUGAGCAAAGCCCGUGGACCACCUCCAGGAUUGGGCAGCAAGGGCGCUGCUAAUGCCAGCAACGGAUGGGCCGGAUUAGGAACCGUAGGACGUUCCUCCAGUUCGUGGGGUCUUCAAUCCGCCGGAGGCAAUUCCGGCUGGGUGUCCACCUGGCUUCUGUUAAAGAACCUGACGCCACAAAUCGAUGGGUCCACUCUGAAGACGUUGUGUAUGCAACAUGGUCCCGUUCAGGACUUCCGGCUGUACUUGAACCAUGGGAUCGCUCUCACCAAGUACUCCUCCAGGGACGAAGCCAUCAAGGCCCAAGGAGCGUUGAACAACUGCGUGUUGGGCAACACAACAAUCUUCGCAGAAUCUCCAGCCGACAGCGAAGUACACACGCUGUUGCAGCAGCUGAGCCACGGCGGCCAGCAGCAAACAGCAGGCUCCGGAGGUAGCGGUUGGAGCCUAAGACCUACCAAUAAAACGGGUCCUCUUCCAGAUACCUGGGGUGGUACCACCAGCCAGCUGUGGGGUGCACCCCCCACGACCAACUCCCUCUGGGGCAGCGCCGGUAUCGACACCAGCGAUCAGCAACGGGCUACUCCCAGCUCCCUCAACUCGUACUUGCCCGGAGACCUCCUGGGAGGUGAGUCGAUGUAGAGGUCGAGUCCCUUCGUUGGAGUAUCACGGAUCCCCGGGAUGGAGAAAGGUAGCGCGUUCGCCCCUCCCUCUAACGCCGACCCGUGGAGCCACAACACUACUAUGCCCGACGCAGGGAGAGGAAGCACUUUCCGGGGCCAGGGAAUGGCCCUCUACUAGUAAUCCUAGUUUCACAGAGCCGAAAGUCGCUCUCCCCGUUUCGAGAGCUUAAUGUACAUGUAUGUGCUAAAGAGCGCGAGCAAUUACCCAUCAGUUGGGAGCUGGAAGGCCGAACAAUUCAAAGAGUCUCCACAAAUCGUCAAUUACGAUGCGCAUUAGGGACGUAAUAGCUGAAACCAGUUACUUAACAGAGGAUGUAGGCUACAUGUGGUGAACACAGUAAAGGACGAAGGAAGAGUGCGAGACAGAGAUGGAGAGAGAAAGAGAGAAAAGUACAAGAUGCGCGUCCUAAUGUGUUGUAAACGUACUUGAGCGGAACAUUUAACUCUACCGAUUUCUUUACCGAUUGAAAGAAUUUAUUUUUAUCUGCAGUAACUUCUUAGCUUUUAUGCACUGGAAGAAAUGAUUGAGUCCGUAGGAGAUUUCCUGGCAGUUGUAGCGAAACAUGACGAGCGGAAUAGUUUCGGUAGAAUGACAUUUUAUCAUAUAUUCCUUGAGACAUCGAAAUCGUCUUCGACUUUUCACAUACCAGAAUAUACGUUUUCUCCCUGGCGUUGUAAAAAGAGGAAUACGAGUUUAGAAACGAUUAAAAAAGGGUUAAAUCGGUAAAGUCUUAAAAAUAUAGUAUAAGAAAAUAAUACAAUGCAAAGUAAAAAUCAAAUGUGAAGAAAUCGAGUCGUUUUCCUAUAAGAUUACGUAGGACUGAAUUAGUUGUAAAUUGCUUAUUUAAUGUGAAUUAGAUUUUAUUAGAAUUAUACCAGCGACUCGGGGUAAUGAUCUUCAACAUCGAUGAGACGUUGAAGUCGUUUAAUCAAGGAUGCUCGUGACGGCUGAUUACAUUCGGCCUGUGUGUACUUAGACAAAUCGAUACUUUGUUUCUCUUUUUUGUUAUUAAUAUUGAAGCAUUUACGGAUAACAGAUUAUUUUAUUCCGCGUCAUUUUAAUAUCUUCAAUUUGCACAGCGCGCGAGUGACGAACGCGUAGGUGCAAUUAAAAAUGUAGAAAAUGAUAAAAUUCCAUAUUGAGUCCAAGAUUAUCCAAAAAUAGCGAAUCUAUAAGAAGAUAGUAGUUAAGACUGCUUUCAUUUGUAUUGCAUCCCUUCCAGAACUAUAUCAACAUUGAGCAAAGCACUCGCUCAUGCGUCCAAAGUGAAAAGAAUACUCCAGAUGGCAAUGACGUUUGUCUCAGCUUUAGCUAGUUCCUCUCUCUCUCUCUCUCUUUCUCUCUUUCUCUCUGUCUCUCUCUCUCCCCCCUCUUUCUUCGUUCCCGAUAAACGAUCGUCAUCUGAUGCAUUCGGCACACGGAUCUUUAGAUGCUCUCGUAAGACGCUCCGUGAAACGUCAAUUACGACACACACACAGACACAGACACACAUACACUAGGGACGUAAUCGUUAGAGCGAAUAAUAUGCGAGAGAAACCUCAAAAUAGAGAUCGAUUAAAUUCUCGAUGGGAGAGAAAGAGGGAGACUCGUGAGAAAAGUAAAGCCGCAUUCGCGCGAAGAGUGCAGGUUUUCAUUGGAGCCUGUCAUAUCUCUGCGGCCCUAAGGAUAGUUUACGAGGGCGUUAUCAGCUUCGCCGUGCUCGGUGGAAUUCGUACGGCUCGAACCAAGGCUUUUUGACUGUCCGAUAACGCGCGCGUUGUUGGCUAACGUGGAUUCGGACCUCGCCGACCGCCUUACGCUUCCACCGCAGCCCACCGUGGCGCUGCGAACCGAGACCCGUCGAGGGACGUAAGCGCCGUCUCGACGAGUGUUCCAUUCUUCGCUGGACAGUUUAAAGACUGCAGCGAGUAUCAAACUUAGACUGUACCAUUCUAAUCAAAAGAAAAAGAAACCUUAAAAGAAGCAUUGGCGUCGCCGCCCGCCGCGCGGUCGUUCCGAUAAGAGGAUAUGGCGCGUAUGGGCCGGCCGGGCAGCGGCGCAACGAUACCAAAUGUUAUCGCAAUAACGUAAAUUUUAUUGUAUAUUAAAUCUAAAUGCCACCUGUCGUGCCAAUGUCCAGUGUGUCUCUGUAACAUUUAUUAAUCUAGAGUUUUAUCGAUAUGCCAGAACGGGAGGGGGAGGCGACGGGAGGGCGGCAGGCUGUUAGGAGAGGAAAAUACUGAAUAGGAGUAGGCGAGUAUUCCAAGUUUCGGAAGAGGAUCCGGUAACGUCGGUAAAUCCAUUUAGAGAGGGAUAGAUGUCCAGGGACUCUACCAAUGGACGGCUUAAUUGCUUCGCUUCUGGAGCUAGGUCUACAGUCUAGGCUCAUCUGACACGAUUUGUCGGAUUUCCGGAAGUGCCCCCGUAUGUUGUCGGAUUGUCGAUGGCUCGAUUCAGGUUUGCGAUGUUACCGGGUCCUCGGUCUGAUCUCGUCUGCGGUUUGGGAGGACUAGCAUGCUUCUUUUCGCGAGAGCGUCGACUCGAAGAGUGAAGACGUUGGAGGUAGAAAUCAACAAAGCAUUGUUUAAGAUAAUAUUUUGUUCAAUAAGUAACCGAACAAAAUAUUGUGGUGGGCUUCUGUUGGCUCGGAUCAGGAGGAUGCUCUGUGGGUUUAGAAACGUUUCCGUUAGUCCAUACAAGGGGAAGGGUUUGUGAUUUCUUUACGUGGUAUAACGAUUCAAAGGUUUUUUCAUUUUUUCCCCACAUUUUGCAUUUAUUGUUAGUACAUUUUGUGAUGUAAGCUACUCUGUACCCUUGUUUUGUGAGUACAGGUGGAAAAUCAGUUGCAAUUUAGCUGUCCGAAAUAAGGGAUAUGAGUCUGUUAAUUGAUCUUAAAAUUGAUAUUUUGUUUGUGCUCUUUUUGCGAUGACGUACGUUUAUAUCUUUUCCGAAAUGUAUAAUGAACCUGUGUUUCUCGGUAGCUUUUAUUUAUGAUUCACUGUUGACACUAAUACACGGAUACACAGGAGACGUUACCAAAAAUUCAAUGUGUAAAGAGAUUCAUCACGCAUUAAGGUAGACAUUAGCGGAAAAUAAUAUGAAAAAAGAAGUUUUAAAGAUACCAUAUCGAGAAGAAAAACAGUUGUAGUAGUAUCAGUCUGAAAGUUUACUAUUUCAUGUACUUUCGUUACACGCACACGGUUCAGUAUUAUAGAAACAAGAUGGCGUACACUUUUUGCUCCUGCCUUUUAUAAAAUGACAUUUAGUGCCCAUCCAUAAAGGUGAAUUUCAAGUUUUUCUUUUUUUCCUCUCUUUUAAUAGAUACUAGAAACGCGAUGUCGGUCGAGAGGUAACACUCGGAAUGGAAUAAGAGUUGAAUAUCAAUUUUUAGAACGAUGAAACAAUUGAUCCGGUGAUAUCUCAGACCCUUCCCCUUGAAGAGGGAUUGUUUUCUAAAUCAAUCGGUCCAACGUGAUCGGGAUCUAACUUGGACACUGAAUCAGCGACGGCGAUUAUCGCAAUUGGACCUAAAUUUUCGAGCCUUGUCGGCCAAUUGUAGAAAUAGCGCGAUAUCGAUCAAGACGGUCGUCACCUAACGCAUCGACCCGAUAAGAUGACGCUUCUUGACUUCUUCAUUUAUACCGUUGCUAAUUCUUCACUCGUGAUGUACAAGAGCGCCAGUGAACCCGUGCGAUAAAUGGCGAUCGAUCGACCAUGUAAUAUACCGUACGCCUCGCGUUUAGUAUGAUUUAGAUGACACUGGGAUUAGUGGGGUUGGAAGAGCUCCCCGCUAAUCAUUUGAGCUUCGAGAUAUCGGUUCGGGGUAUCGUCAGAACACGGUUUUGAAUCGAAUUUACUAGUACUCCUAACGUCGAAGGUACCUGAUGGAAUGAAAAACCAAAUGACGACGCUAAGAGCCGCAAACAAAUGGAAAGGAACUCGCGAGAUUGACUAUCGUCGAUUCGGCGUGGGUUUUCUAUUUCGACGCUUCGUUCGAUGUUUCCGAUGGAAGGCAACGCCGAAGGAAAGAUACUCAUAUCGAUAGCGGGUUGUUCUUUACUCCCGGUAAAGGGAAACGAGGGAGAUAAAAGAGAAAAACAUUCAGGAGUCAGUUUUAGGUCUUCGUAUUUUCCCUUGCGAUAGUUGGUCUCGCGGGUGGCGCCGGAAGUGUCUAGAAUCUUUUCGGCUCUCUCAAGGCGAAGCGUCGCGAAGAGCAGCAAUUUGAAAAGUCCAACGAUUCUUUCCGCUUUCUACCAGUCGAUUCACGGAGAAGAAGCGCAAAUACACUCAGAAGCGAUCGGGAAGGAGAUGAAACCGCCAACAUAUUAAACGUAUCGAGCUAUAACGGGAGAGGUACAUAAUAGGAUACGUGAACCUUAACUUAGUUGUAUUACGGAUCUAAUUUAAGAUAAUUAAUCAUUGUAAGCGUAGCGACAGGGAGAUGACCGACCGACGCCGACGAUAAAUACGGUACCUGAGAUUGCGAUGUGUACGAGAUGAUACCGAAUAGCCCUCUUAGCUUUAUCGAGGUAUUCGAGAUAUUGGGUCCCGAUAAUAUCUACCUAGAUCAUCCAGACGUCAGACUAUAGAAUGCUGACUGAAAGACUUUGGUAGCGGGUACCCACUCUCUCUUUUUCUCUACUGGCCCAGGUACCCGAUUGCACUGUUAUCCGAAUGGUCUACGUAUUAUCAGUCAGUGAAACCGUUUAACUCAUUCGAUGCCAGGAAAAUAUAGAGGCAGUCUUGGUACAAUGGCGGACAUGAGUGCCUCCCCUGCAGAUACGGCAUCGCCUGUGCAGGACGGGAGGGCAUUGAUGUCUCCCAGUGCACGUACGCUUACUACGAGAUUUCUCGUAGCUGGCAGCGAAUGGGCUAAGCGAUAUUUCAUUUUUGAAGAUUACGGGGAUGAAUGGAUAACCGGAUAAUCGAGCGACAGAAUGCUGGGUACACCUUACCCAACUAUUUAAAACUCAAGUAUUACCCGCAAAAUCUGAGGUAAAGCUCUUAUCCUAAACUUAGAUGCUACCCGAAUAUUACGUGCGUGAGUAUGAGGAAAAAGAUGUUCUUACCCAAAUCAUUGCGCAUCCGGGGAGCAUGUUUAUAAAUAUACCUCAUGUUACUCAGUUUCGACUUACGGGAAACACAUGAAUGUCGUGGACUUUUUGGAUACGGUCGGAUAUGUAUGGGAAUAGUAAGACGUUUAUCAAUUCUAUAACUAUUGGGUAGGACGUUCUGUGAAUAUCAUUGGCUAUUGAUAUCCUUUAACAAUAUGUUUACCGAAGUGGAAACUUUUCUUUUCUCUAUUUUUUUUUUUAAAUGAUUAUCAACUCUCGUGGUGUUGUAUACGAAAAUAAUGCCGACUGAAGGCAACUAUUGCCAAAUAAAGAGGAAACUAUAUCAGUGAGGUCACGCACGUAGAAGGAUAGGGUAAAUGCAGGUUUAGUUAAAUAUAGAAUUCGUCACAGGCUUGGAAAUUGCAAACUUUACUUUUGUAUUCUAUUAAAAUACAGCCCUUUAGUUGCACGAGAGAUCAGCCACUAUGUUCGAUUCACUUACCGUCGAUAUCCUGGAUAAAAUGAACCGUUCUUUUCACAUUUGUACAUUUCGUCUCUGCAUUGUGUUGCUGUAUAAAAGCGAGACCACGAGACUUUCGAAAAAUCAGUCAUAUUUUUAUGAUCGCACAUUUAAAACAAUAUAUCCCACUUUUGGUGAUCGCGCGUUUAAUUCGAAUUACUUAUGCGCUUAUCAUAGGCCACAUUGUGACCUCCAGUAAGACAAAAAGUUGAAUUUUGAGAAGCAACGUUCUCCGAUAACUUGAGAAACGCAAUAAAGCUGCAGUUUUCAGCUAACGACGAUAUUAUUGCGAGUAAUCUCUUUUCUAUAGCGCUGUCAUACAUCAAUAGUAGCGUGGAUCCAAUUGACACAUUACUUUUCUUUUUGCCUAUCAGUUAACCUCUUUAUCGAAUCAUUCUGGUACGUCUAAUUGGAUUGUCAGUUGCUAUUGCAUUAAAAUGAUCAUAACGUCCACAACAAAGCCCUUUUUUCUCAUUAAUGCACCUAGGCAAUAAUGGACGCAUCGUUUUCUCAAGUACCAACUUUGAUCCAUUGAUCUAUCCUUCUACGUAUGUCUUACUUCGUCCGUGAUAUUGGUGUUUGCCGAUAGCGGUGCCAUUCCUUAAACGGUAAUCAGCUCUAUCCUCCGUCGUUGAUAAGGUCUAUCCAGGAAUUCUCUGAAAAUGCAACAAGUUCCGAGAAUUUCAUCAGCCUCCAUCACUUACACUCAGUAUUGGAAGCGUCUCCAAAUGAGUCUCAGGUCUUCGUCUUUUCAACUUCCAACCCAGAAUCUUUCUUUCCCCCUUUUGUCAAGUAUUCAAGUACGUCGCAAUCAUCGGCAGUGAUAAGUUAAGUCAAUGAACGGUUCCCGAUAAUAAAAUCAAGAAUUAGACGAGCCAUCGUGCCCGAUGACACUAUCAACGACGAGAGCUACCAGAACUAUUAUACCACCAUUAAGGACACCCGUUAUCAGCAAUAGCGUUUUACUAAUGUAUUUAUCAGGAGAAUAAGUGUAGGGUAAGGGGUUUGGAGACAUACCCGAUACGCAUAGGGCAAGUUACGAUAACGGACCGACAGACCGACACGAUUUCGAAAGUGACGACCAAUGAUGCACGCGAUUCGGAGAGUAAGACGAAUCCUUCCGCGGAUUUGGCGGGAAGACAUUUGUUGUGAUAAUAAUAUUGAAUUUAGACAUUUAGGUCUCUGACGAUUAAUGCUUUAUCGAUGUAUUCCGCCUGGUGAGAUACUAGGAGGGGAGGGGGGUAAAUAUAAUUAAUUAGAAAGUUAUAUGACGUCGACGUUGGCGUUGUUUGGCUUUGGGUUAAGAGUCGAGUGGAGGAGCGCGACAAUGAAUUUUUGAUGUAAACACAUCUCUCUCGACCGCAGCAGAUGAGGGCUGCUGAUCAAUUGACUAUCGAUUAUCAUUGAUUAUCACACCUGUACAUUGCGUAUUGAGUCAUAUUGAGUAUAUCGCGAGUGCGGCGCGAUCUUCCCCGUAUAGGAAGUAACAUCCUUUGCAGACCUUAUCGUUAAGUACACCGGUUCGCGUGCAUGUGCGUAACGCACGUCCAACAGGAAGAAUAUAUAUAUAUAUAUGUAUGUAUACGUAUACAUGUAUAUAUAAAUAUAUAUAUACACAAAAUACCAUACACACCUACAUUACGCAUGCACCGACGUGUGCACAUACACACGCAUACAUACGCCGGUAAGGGAUUCUCAAAGAGACAUUUGAACAUAUAUAUGUACAGGCAUAUAUACCUACGCGCAUAAAUACACGUAGUAGAGGGAUAAGUAAAUGAAACUAUACGAUUUUUAAUAUUAAUAUAUUUAUUACGAAUUACUAGCCUAUAUCUUCAUAUUAUGAUUUCACGCGUAUUAUCGAAUAAUACGGCCCCACUAGAGGAUAUAUUGUCCAUUAUUGAAUGUUGUGAAAAUAUAUGCGGGUAGCUUGUGCAUGCUCUGUAUGUAACAAACGAAUAACAAAACAAGAGAUAUAUAUAUAUAUAGGUAUAUAUAUAUAUAAUACAUACGCACAGAUGUGUACACGGGCGUUGCUCGCUAAGAUAUCGCAGGAUUGACUCGUAGUUUCUCGUUGACUCGGAGUUGACCUAAAGAUAGAGGGAAAGAAAAGAAAAGGAAGAAAAAAGAUAACUAAACAAAGUGAUGAACAGUAUAAAUUGGUGACUGUGAUUAUAAUAUUCGAUAGUAACAUUCGACUCGGGUAGUUAAUCUGUUAAAAGUAAUAUAAAUACUAAAAUAAUUGAGAGGUAACGCUGUUGAUUUGUGAAGGACUGAUUUGCUGAAAGUACCAAUUCCCAUAUGCAAGACGCGUACGAAGGAGUACUUACGUACAACCGAGGGUGCAGGGAAAUUGAUAAAAUCCUAAAGGUCUCCAAGAAUCUCCACAGAGCUCUUUACGCUGUUAUUAUUUUCAUCCGCUAAUAUAAUAUACAGGAAAUGUGGCAAACGGAACAAAAGUCAAGAACUGUGAUUAUUACUUUCGAGUAAUACUUGGUUCGGGUAGUCUUGUACGACAAUUAUACCAGAAAUACCAAAAAAAAGAAAAUAAAGGAAAUGGUUCGAGAGUCAUUUUAUUACGAUUUUAGUACGAUGGAUUUGUAACGAUUGUAGAUGCUUACGUCUAAUGUAUAAUACACAAAACUGAGUCUUGCACUACUCGCGACAAAAUGGAGUCCUAUAUUCUUUAAGGUCUCAGUACAAUUCAGUACAACAGUUUCCUACUGCCAGGGACAAUAAUGAUUCCUCUUGUCCUUGUAAUUCGAUCCUAUCCUCUGGAUGGAGGAGAGGGUAAAAACUCGAAAAUAAACGAAAAAACGAACAUUGUGGCAAUCCUGAGAAGUCUGUGCGAAUAUGCCCGCUCCCAUCGCAACAUAAAACACACACACACACACACCACACCACACCAUACACACACACAUAAGGAGAAUCGUGGUAAUUUUUUAGGAACUUAAGGGAGAUAAAAACAUACACCUGCAAUGUGAUAUUCUCGUGUCUUGUCUGACGAGAGACGUUGUUCUAAUAUUAUAUAGUUGGCGUUUGUCUUUUCGCGUAGGUUUAAGGGACUAUUAAGCGAAAGAAGAAACUGAGAGUGAGCGAGAGUGACUAGCGUAUGUGUGUGUAUAUGCGAAAGAGAGGGGAAAACGAGCAAAUAUUAUAAAAGACAAAAAUUGAGAAAAUCCAAAAAAAAACAAAAAAAACAGUGAACCACGGUGUGUUGCGUGCCUGGUAGAUGAACUAAGAGAGAGAGAGGAGGUUAGCCUUUAGAGGUUAGGGAACACACUAUUGUUGCGACUCAGAAGAGGUGCUUCUUCCGGCUUUCCGAUCCUGUAAUUUCGCACAUAGAAUCUUCUCCCUUUCCGUCGAUCCCGUUUCUUUUUGAUUCCUAUUUUCCUUUGGUGCAGGUCAGAGUAGGUCUCUUGGACCAGAGGUGGGAACUGUCGAUAGAUUUUAGUCCUUAGGGUCCGACUACACAUGCCAUCUUAGAUAGUAAGUAUUCUCAUUUAUAUAUUGUAUUAUAUGCUCCGUAUUGGUUAUAGCUGUUGUCAUUGUGGCCGUCGCACAUCGUCGUCAUUGUUACAAACACGCGCGCGUGCGCACCCAUCGCUGUUACUUAUAUUUACAUAUUUGUGUUUGUAUAAGGUAUUCUCAGUUUUCGGCGCCAUUACCCUAGGCCGAGUUCGUCCACUUCCUCGCUUAGACGCUAGAGGCGCUAAUGUCGAUCUUCGCCCUGCCGGGCUCUACCCUAGCGCCGUUCCCGCGGAGUGACCUGAACCUUUUCUCCAGAUUUUAUUUAUCCGUUGUUCUUAGGGAGUUCCUUCCCCCUAUGAUAGAUCUCUAUCGGUUGGGUUGUCCACGCGAAUGUUGGUCAGGAUUAACUGCGCAAGGCUACGCAAGAUCUCCAUGCGAGUUCUCCAGGGAAAGAAUAGACGAAACCAUGUCGAAAUACGUACAACUGUCUUUUAUUAAGCAGCCCUCGAGUUUUAAAUUUUUAACCGCUGAACUGUGUAAGAAAGGCCUGAAAUUUCAUAUAAAACGGCAUGAUUCAGGGAACGUCUCGAAGAAUUCGUUUACCUUAAGAGAGCAUGCUUUGAAGCGUUUGCCCUUACUUAAUCUUUUAUCCUUGAUCCUCGAGUUUAACUUUUGCGCAGGCUGGAAAUCGAAGGUUAGAAAAUUGGAAAGGUAUUUUAGAACGGGACAUCUUACUUUCGUUCGGAGUCACUCGUAUCCUUUGUCAGUUUCUUCGCGGAAUCCUUCCCGUAAACAAUGCGUUUACGAAAUCGCCCUAUAACCUUACCAUGUCCGGGCAGUGUAAUUCGUAAUCGAGUGAUUAACUCGUGAUUCAUAAGGUCAUGGAAUUAGCUAUGCGAGUUCGUUUGCUUCCUCGGUUUUCCGCUAGGAGCGUUACCGUCGUUAACGACUGUUUGACAUUAGCCGCACUCGUACGGAGGAACCUAAGCUUUUCUAGGGAUUUAUCCUCUCGCGCAUAUUCUACGUCUAUUUUAUUUUAAGAAUUCCAUUUUCAGUCCUUUCACUUUGCCUUAGACUCGUCCAUUUCGGCGGAGAUAAUCGUUUCUUCAGUGCUUCGUAAAUUGCACCCGUUGCUAGAUACGGCUUUAAGGUGGUAACAUUUAAGAUCUCAAAUUCCUCUUAAUUAUAUCCUGUCCUUGGAGUUUCGGACGAUUCAUGAUUUGACAAGCCGGUGAUCUAUGACAUUUCCUCGUAAGCCAGAGAUUAAUAUAUUUGUACUUAAAUGAAACCAUUGUUACUUGCAGGGCGCUACGGUAACAUGCGUUAAGACGUUUCCGUUUAGAUACAAAUGUGACAAACGCAAGAAAUGCCUUCCUUCUCUGAUACGGGGUAAUUACCGGUUUCCGGUUUCUCCAAAAUCAACUCACCUAGUCGAAAUAGCUCCUUUUUCCUGCGCGAAGGUAGCGUUCGGUUUUCUCCUUAGUGGAUUUAGGCUCUCCUAGUCUGGGGAAAUUUUGUUACUAUUCCUUUAUUUCGGAUUAAUAGAUCUGUACGAAAAAUCGGAGAUUUCCAUGUGAAUCCUAAUGGGGCCAUAUUACUGAGAUUCGGAAAAAGAGAAAGAAAGAAAGAAAAAAGAAAAAAAAUAUGUUGAUUGCAGCUUUUAUACCUCUCGAAAAGUGUUUCAACUCGAUAUUUCGUAUGCUUGGAUUCUAGUCUUUGCGAUCCUAAGCCUUAUUUAUUGCAAGAUCUUUUACAGACACGCAACUGUAAAAUUCCCCGCGCAAUAAUCAUUCCGACUAAUGCGUUCCCAUUGAAGAAUCGAGAUCUAAAGAAUUCGGGAUAACGCUUUAUCUCGUGCUUAUCUUUCUGGACACUCUCGGUAACAAAGGCUAAGAAACGGGCAAUCGCACUUGGCAUUCAAGAUGGCUCCCUCUUGUCCCUUUUCUCCACGUUUCGGUUUCGGUAAGGUACUCUAAGGUAAUGUGUUCCCCCUUGCGGUUCGGAGAUAUGAUUUUAAAAAUGAAUCUAAGGUAGGAAGCAUAUAGUAAUACCAGAGAAGGAAUGAUUUAAGCAAUUGACGUUAACUAGCCAACUCCCCCUUCGUUCGCUUAAACGUAUUCUUAAGAAGUAGUUACCGAACACUGAGAAUAAAUUGAGAUUAAAUUAAGAGCGGCAAACGUCUAAGGAACCUAGUUACUAUUUGCCAAAAAUAUCUAUUUAAUAAUUCUGUCCUGGCGUAGGUAUUGGAACGACGAUUUACUGCGUAUAUACAGUUUCGUUAUUUAAAUAUUAUUUAACGUGGCUCAUGCGGAAUUCCAAAAGCGACGAUAGGACCAAGUUCCGUAGAACCGCUCGAAUGAAAAAGAAAAUGGCUGACACCAGCCAGAUACGUCCGCCGCAGCAUUUCCGUUCGCGUCGCAGCUUUUACCUCGAGCCGACAAACGUAUACCGUAAUUGUAUUCUAAAUCGCGAUAAUCGAUCGUGGCAGAUUAACGAUAUCGUUUAUAGAUCAUCAUCGUCCUCCUAAUAUUCCUAGGACUUUCGAAUGUUGCUGCGUAUUCUGUAUUUUUUUAGUACCUUCCAGUCAAGGGAGCACAAUUAGAAAGCUUGGAAAGGAAACAAAAAAAAAUCAACAUAUUUUUCUACAACACGCGACACCUUUAUUUGUACAUUUAAUUGUAAAUUGCCACCUUUUUUUUUUAUGUUUGUUUAUAUUUACCCGCGAAAGUUAAAUAAUUUAAGGAAAUUUAUUCUGUAUUUUAAAGAAACUGAAGACGGAUUGUACUCGUAAAUGUGGUGACAGGGCUUUGAUCGGUACCACGAGUUAACUGUAAAUCGUGGACACAAUAAGUGACUUGUUUUUCUGGUUUUCUAAUAAAUAAAUAUACCACUUUAAUACA